AUGAGAACGACGGGAUGCCUGCAGGCACGUGGACUGAUGCUGCUGCUCCCCGUGCUGCUGGUGGCGGUUGCAGUGUGCUUUAUGCCGCUCAUCAGCAGCGUUGUUGGAGAGGUGACGAUGGCGGAGGAUGAUGCGGGCGCGUUUCACAUCAACACAAGCGAUCCAAUGAGCCAACCCGUGUUUGUGAACGGGAUGAAUGUGCACGAGGCACUCAGCACGCUGAUGAGCACUGUGUCGGCGCAGCAGAGCACGAUCAAUGCACAGCAGAACACCAACGCUCUGCAGCAUCAUCGCUUGUGUCGUCUGGUGGAGCCGAGCGCCAGCACAUUUGGGCAGCUGGAGUCAGCAGGAAACAGGUGGCUUGGGGGAGUGGUGGCGAACAAUGGGCUGAUCUACGCUGCGCCGUUAUAUCCUUCCUCCGUGCUCAUCAUCAAUCCUAACACGAACACCGUCGACACGUCCACAAUCUCGGGAUUCCCUGUGGGUGGUGGAAAAUGGGCUGGCGCUGUGUUGGCACACAACGGCCUCAUCUACAUGUUCCCUUCAAACCGGGAGACGAUGCUCAUCAUUGACCCAGACACCAACACGGUUGACACCACAAGUAUCCACUCACUUGGAUCCACGAGCAAUAAGUGGCGCAGUGGCGUGGUCGCCUACAAUGGCCUCAUCUUCGGCAUCCCUUACUUUGCCACGUCUGUGCUGAUCAUCGACCCAGAGACCAACACAGCCGACAUCACCACGCUGUCCGGGCUGUCGAGUCAGGGGUAUAAGUGGUACGGUGGCGUGCAUCCCGACAACGGGCUCAUCUACUGCAUUCCCGUGAGGGCUUCCUCCGUCCUCAUCAUCAAUCCAGAGACGUUGGCGAUGGACGUCACCACCAUCAGUGGCCUUGGCACAAAUUUCAAGUGGUAUGAUGGCGUGCUUGCACACAAUGGCCUCAUCUACACCAUCCCAGGCGAAGCUGCAACCACGCUCGUCAUCAAUCCAUCCACUAACGCCACCGACGAGCAUUUUGUGGCAGGUGCAAGUGGCACUUCAAAGUGGGUUGGCGGCGUGCUCGCACCCAACGGCAACGUCGUUGGAUUCCCAUUUGACUCGCCUUCCGUGCUCAUCUUCGAUCCAACCACAAACACCACCGACACGACCGCCGUUACUGGCCUUGUUGGAUCCUUCAAGUGGUGGGACGGGGUGCUUGCUCCAAACGGCCUCAUCUACGGCAUUCCAUUUGAUGCUGAGAACAUACUUGUCAUUGACCCGGGGUGCUGA